AUAUGUUCUAAUAUCCAGAAUAAAUACAGCGUAAACCAUGGGGAAGAAGAAGAAGAAAAAAGAGAAUCAGGUUGGGCAGUUACAAGCUAGAUCAUCUUUCCCAGAAGCCUUGCUGGCAUUUCAAAUUCAGUUAAAAGAAGAGGCAAUUAAUCAGCUUCUAUUUGAACUAAAGCAACUAAAAGAAAAGAAUGACAAAUAUCAUGAAAGAAAUGACUGUCUGAAGGCAGAACAGCUGGGACACAUCAGGGAUCUACUAAGCGAUUUGAAAAUACAGGAGAAAGAACUAGAGCAAAAGGAGACUGUAACCAGGGAUGAUGUAGAGGCAGCAAUGAGGGAGAAAUGGCAGUAUGUUAGAGACCAAGAAAUGCUUCUGAAAGAGCUGCGCUCCAAGGUAAAGGAAGUUGACCAAAAACUAGUGAUAAAACAGGCUGAGAAGGAUUACUGGUUAGAAUACAAAAAUGUGGGAAGUGGAGAACAUGCCAAACAGAUCAAGCUUCUAGAAGAGAAUAUCCGUGGACUCAAAGAUGACCUUGAGCAAAUGACAGAGUAUUAUAGAUACACUCUGGGAGCGACAAAAGAAAAAAUGGACAGAUUGGCUGAGAAACAAAUGAACCAAAAGAAGGAAUGGGCUACUGAGAAUGCUGUAAAGCACAUUGAUAAAACCAGUCACAGGGAGAUUGAAGAAAAUGAAUGGCUGAAAGAAGAGGUUGAAAUAUACCGAACGGAAGUAAGUGACUUGGAAGAAUCUGCUCAGCUACUAGAAGAAGAAAAUAUAUAUAUGAUAAAGAGCCUGUUUAACUGCAGACUUAAGAACCUUAAAGUAUCCAGGCAUUUAUUUCUUACCCAGGGAGCUGGCCUGCAAGUUCAGGGAGAGGAAUUGCUUAGUGAGGACUUGGAAGGACUACAAUGUAGAGAUUAUGCAGCAAAGACAGAUGCUGGAGAUGAAAGCCCCGAGAGCACAGUCCUAACCAUAGAGCAGAAAGUGUUUUCAGAUACUCAAUCUGAGACAGAAGCUGAGAAGCAAGAAUACAGCUAUGAGGAUCUGUGGGGACAGCCAGUGUCUCCUGUUUUCAGCUCCAUACUGUAUGAAGAUGAAAAAGAUUUCCAGGAAUACUUAAAGCUGGGUCCCCUAGAGACGAAACUAAUGAGUGCAGUGGGAACAGCCAUGCCUAUUCAUGAAGAAUUGAGAGAAAUGCCAAGCAAAUGCCAGUUUGAAGACAGUUUUGAAACCUAUAAAUCAGAGGGCCACAUCACAUAUCGCAUGGUCAAAUCUGUAUUUAAUUAGGAACAGAAAGUCCUGUUGGUUAAAAAUAGAUUAAUAUAUGUUGGUCAUUUAGACAUGUAAUUUGCAGCUCAUUAAAUCUUUGAUCUGUUUUCCAGGUAAUUUGUGACACAGCGCUUUCUGGAAGUUCUUUUCUUAAGUACCUAAAGCAUUAGAUUUAUAUAUUAGACAGUUUGAAUAGCUGGAUGCAUUAAUAGGAAUGUCUCUAGAUAGCACAUAUAAAGGCCUCUUUCCUAGCCCAACAGACUGUGGACAUUAACCUAUACAUUCUGGCUGUGUCUAGACUGGCCAGUUUUUCCAGAAAAUCAGCCGCUUUUCCAGAAAAACUUGCCAGCUCUCUACACUG